UCCACUUCCGGUUCUGGCGUAUCAAACUGUGGUUCACUUGACGUUAACGUUACUCUAGCCGGGUCAGAGGAACGGCGUUUACUGCCAGCAAAUGGAAUUAUUUGAGAAACACGAGGAAAUUUUAGGAAGAAGAGCAGAACUGCUGGAACAGAUGGAGACUCGCAGAGAGAAAGUGAAGAUCCUGAGGAGGCAGCAGGUGAAGGAGUCUGAGGCUGCGCACCGCAGGAAUGCCACACUGCUGCAGGAGUUACAGAAGAUAGAGGAUCUUCUCAGAGAAAAACAUCUGCCACACCCAAAUCUCCUGGCUAUGGAGACAAGAUAUUGGGUGUCUGUGGAAGAGGCCAUUCCAGCCUGGGAACACUUCCUCCUGGGUAAAGGCCCGCACCCAACUGAUGGUCCAGAACAGACACACAGGAGAGCCAGACAGAAACCCAGCACAGCUAAAGACCAGGGCCUGCCUCCUCGACCAAAACGCAGGACUGCUCGAUAGACAGGACAGUGGAGAGAAACAGGAAAGAGGGAGAGAGAGUAGGGGAAUGACAUGCAGUAAAGGUCUGGCCGAGUCGAUGCAGGGACCAGCUGUUCGGGGCGCCAAGGCCCACGUGGUAUGCGCCCCAACUAUUCGGCUAUGGGGGUGCCUCCAGCAGUUCAGUGUUAAUCAACCAACUCACUGAAAAGACAGUGAAAGGGAGAGAGGGUAACAGGUAAUCAUGAUAGGAUGGGAUAGGAUCAGGAUAACCUCAUAGUGUGUCCACCCUGACAGUAAGGGGGACCUGCUGUCGUGGCCUAGUUUGUAAGUCCUUUUCACAAAGUGUUUUAUGUUUGCAAUGUUGUGUAAAAACCACUAGAGGGAGCCAUUGUUAUAUAUAUAAAAAAGGAAAAAGAUUAACAUGUGAAAACCUGUGGUUUAGAAAAUGUCCACACAGUCUGUUAGUUACCAUAAAUAAUUUAUAUUCAUAUUUACCUUUGUCUCUUAUUAUGACUAGUAGGAGGCAGCUGAGUGAAUGUGUAGACCCGUAUCUGUCCUUUUGCCAAAACAGACUUUAGAUGUCAGCAGCGAUGCAGAGGUCUGCAGCUAGGCUGCCCAAUCAGGACUGUGUGUAGAACCUCAUUAUUUUUAACUAUACAUCAGAAGCAUCUGUAACACAGUUUCAAAAACUGUGAUGUAAUGAAAAUUUGCACUUGGGCGGUAUGUUUGAAAUACGCUUUGACAAUACAUAUAAAACCAAAAUCAAGUUUACAGCAGUGAACUAUAUGACAAUAUAAUCAAAUCAUCAUAACAUGAUUCUUCUGAAAUUCUGUUCUCAGAAUUUGUUUGUUUAUUUGUUACAUUUUUGAGGAAAAGUUCUUGAACUGACAUUAAACUCUCAUGCAUUUUAGAA